CAACUCCAGACUCUCUCUCUCUCCCCUUCAGUUUUAACUCGGGUUUAUUUCUGUUUCAACCUUAUAAACUCGUGAUCCCCUACUCUGUCUCAUUUCUCUUUCUUUUAUGGCUUCUCACCGGAAAUUAUUUCCGCUUCUUGCAAGCAGCCGACCAAAACGAACGGCUUAGUACAGCAGCAUUUCCCCCUCAUUUUUCAAUUCAAAUCCCAAAAUGGUAAUGAAUUUUGUCUGUGUUUUUUUACUUUCAGUCCUGGUGCUAAGUUUGGGAGUAAGCUCGGAACCAGUUGAAGACAAGCAAGCUCUCCUUGCUUUCCUUUCACAGACCAAACACGAGAAUCGGGUUCAAUGGAACUCAUCCACCUCAGCCUGCGACUGGGUCGGUGUCGAAUGCGAUGCCAACCGCUCUUUCGUCUACACUCUUCGUCUCCCAGGUGUGGGCCUCGUCGGUUCUAUUCCUCCCAACACAGUCGGUAGGUUAAACCAACUCCGAGUUUUAAGUCUACGAGCCAACCGUUUAUCUGGUCCCAUCCCUGCCGACUUCUCCAACCUCACUCUCCUCCGUAGCCUUUAUUUGCAAUAUAAUGAGUUCACCGGCCCCUUCCCUCCUAGUCUGACUCGUUUGACUCGUUUGAUACGGCUCGAUAUUUCUUCUAACAAUUUCACCGGUCCAAUCCCUUUCGCCGUCAACAAUUUAACACAAUUGACCCGGCUCUUCUUGCAAAACAACAAGUUUUCCGGUUCUCUCCCGACCAUCAACACCGACGGUUUAGAUGAUUUCAAUGUUUCUAAUAACAACCUUAACGGUUCAAUUCCCGGCUCGUUUUCUAAAUUCCGUGAAUCAUCAUUUGCCGGGAACCUCGGUCUUUGUGGAGGCCCACUACCUCCUUGUAACCCAUUUUCCCCUUCUCCGGCUCCAUCUCCGUCCGAGCCCAUUCCCCCUACAACUUCCAGUAGGAAGUCCAGGGAGCUUUCCACCGGCGCCAUUAUUGGCAUUGCCGUGGGGUCUGCAAUUGUAGCACUAUUGUUAUUAUUAGUCCUCAUUCUUUGCCUCUGUAAACGGACACGACGGCCUCCGAAGCAGCAGAAGCCUUUUACGCCGAUGACAACACGAGAUGUUCCGUCAGCGGAGGCGGGAACUUCGUCUUCAAAAGAUGAAAUAAUCGGAGGGUCGUCCACAGAAGGGGAAAGAAACAAGUUGGUGUUCUUUGAAGGCGGGAUUUACAGUUUCGAUUUGGAGGAUUUGUUGAGGGCAUCGGCGGAAGUGUUGGGAAAAGGCAGCGUGGGAACGUCGUACAAGGCGGUGCUAGAAGAAGGGACGACGGUGGUAGUUAAACGGUUAAAAGACGUGGCGGUUAGUAAAAGGGAGUUCGAAAUGCAGAUGGAAAUGGUGGGUAAAAUCACACAUGAAAAUCUGGUUCCAUUGAGAGCGUUCUAUUACGCCAUAGACGAGAAAUUGCUGGUUUACGACUUCAUGCAUGAUGGUAGCUUAUCUGCCCUGCUUCACGGCAGCAGAGGCUCAGGCCGAACACCGCUGGACUGGGACAACCGAAUGAAGAUAGCAUUAAGCACGGCUAGGGGCUUAGAACACCUCCAUGUUUCAGCAAAACUGGUACAUGGCAACAUUAAAUCCUCCAACAUUCUUUUACGAUCAGACCACAAAGCUUGUAUCUCCGACUUUGGUCUCAAUCCACUCUUUGGCAACACCACUCCUCCUAGCCGUGUUGCAGGCUAUCGAGCACCUGAAAUACUUGAAACCUGCAAAGUUACGUUCGAGUCCGAUGUUUACAGCUUUGGAGUGUUAUUACUAGAAUUAUUAACAGGCAAAGCACCUAAUCAAGCAUCUUUAGGGGAAGAGGGGAUCGAUCUCCCUCGUUGGGUCCAAUCUGUGGUUCGAGAGGAAUGGACUGCAGAGGUUUUUGAUGUGGAGUUAAUGAGAUAUCAUAGCAUUGAAGAGGAAAUGGUGCAGCUGUUACAAAUUGCGAUGACUUGCGUAUCAACUGUGCCCGAUCAAAGACCCGCCAUGCAAGAAGUGGUACGAAUGAUUGAAGAUAUGAAUCGAGGUGAAACUGACGAUGGAUUACGACAAUCGUCUGAUGAUCGGUCAAAAGGAUCCGACGGUCAUACUCCGACGGAAUCUAGAACCCCACCUAGAUCCUCCACACCGUAGCAUAAUGUGCACAAAAUGGUCAUUUGCUCCAAAUUGUGAUAUUUUUUCUUCUUCUAUUUUUUUGGGGUUUUAGUUCUUCUCUUAAUUGUCCUUUGAAAUUAUUUUUUAAGUAGAUUAGGGGGGAUUCGAGUUGUUUUUGGAGGUUGGAUAGUUCCAUCAACUGAUUGGAAAACGCAUUUUAGUUUUAUUUAAUUCUUUCCAUUGUAAUCUGUAACUCCUGUGUCUUGUCCCAUUAAACAAAUGUUGGGGGUGUAAAAUCUUGUAUUUGCAAUUUUAUUUAAUAAUUUUGUUUUUAUUGCAAA